UUUGAUAACGUUUCUGCUGUUUCUGUUUCAAGAAACGACAGAAACAGAAAUUUCCGUUUCUGGGAACAGAAACAGAAUUUUGGGUGUUUGAUAAACCUUGUUUCCGUUUGAUAAGCCUUCUUUUCACACAUCUGGCCCUUUUCAUCUUCGCUUUCUCGCUCUUAAACCUAAACAGAACCCUCUUCCCCAAUCCACUACACUCACUCUUGCUCUGGCUCUCCCAACCAUGGAAGUUUUCAGCUUGCUCAAGUACUGGAAGGGUGGUGGAGUUACCGAAAAUAAUGAACGCACCAUACCUGGCACCACUACCAUAUCCACCACUCUUCAGCCGCAACCGGCGGUGGAAACGGAGGAAGAUGGCGAUGAUGGUUCCUUCUUCGACAUGGAGUUUACGGUGCCCGAAGACGACGAUGGUGAAGGUGGAGACGAACACGAUAACAGUAGCGGAGUCGAUGAGGAAGAUGACAGUGCCUCAUUGGAAUCUGCGGGAAUUGAUGGAGAGGAGUUCAACUUCAGGGUGUCUUCUGGGUCGAGUGAUAGGAGAACGGACCUGGACGUGGACCCUUCGCUCUCACCUUCCGACGAUCUGUUCUUUAAAGGAAGGCUUGUGCCACUCGAGCCUUCGUCACUUGAAUUCAACCAUUCUGAGACAAACUUGAAGCCUCAGUUCCCUGUCUCUUUGUUGAAAUCUGCAACCAAGAUCAGAGUCCUCAUGUUGGGGUUUAAGAAACCCAAAUCGACGAUGGCUGACAAGAUGGAGAGAAACUCUGUAGACGGAGCUAGUCGGAGACGGUGGUGAUGGUAGUGAUGCCAAACUCCGUCUUCAAUAUUG